GUAUGUUGGUAUUGAUCAGUGACGUCAUUCCUAUUGAUUCUAGAAACCUGAUGUGGGAUGUAGAGAGCAUAAGAGCGCCGUUCGUCGUUAACUAGUUCUGUUUUCAAUGGUCAUAGCCACCACGAAUUAGUUCUAUGUUGAAUCCUACCGUGAGGUUCUUCCUAGUUAGCUGAAUCUUCCUGUCAAGAUGAGUAAACUCAUCUUUCUGCUGAUUCUCCACGGAGUCGUUCAUCUAGUCACGGGAUUAUCUUCAGAUGAUCUCCGCUUACUACAGAAAGUUUCUGAUGACCAAGACAGUCUUCGGAAUGCCCUAGCAAGUGUAGAGAGACGUCGGCGACAGUUUGAAGCGAAACCUGUUUCUUCUCAUUCUUUCAGUUUCCCUAACGAAGGACUACAGGAAAUGAAGAGAGAGGAAGAAGAACAAUCUUAUUACCUUAACCAAAGAAGUGAUGAAGUCAACGAACCAGAUGAUGUUCCUCCCGUUUCAUCUGAAAUGGCUAACAAGAUCAUGUGGAUUUCCAAGGAGAGCGAGAGAAAGUUAAGAGAAAGGGACAUGGAUGGGAUUCCAAUUAAUGAUCAAAACACACCUUACAGUGUCGACAAUGCUAACAGGCAACAAGACUAUUACCAAUUUUUUGAUAAGGACAUGGAGUUUCCUGUGGUUGGUCGUCACCAUAGUUCCAAUUACGACAGAAAACGCCAAAGAUCGAGCUUAGAUAAGGACAUUUUUAAGAAACAAAGUUUGAGAAAAAAGAAAUAUCUUAUUCCAGACAUUAAAGAUUACUCCGAAGAGAACGUUUUUUCACCACUGAACGCGAUUUCUUCAUCUAACGAAGAGUUGAGCGAUGACACGAGGUUUGAUUAUCAAGAUAACAUCAAAGAAAUGGAUACCCAGGGGGAUUUUCGAGAACUUCCAGUUAUCAAACAUCGUUUAUCAUGGAAAGGUGCACAAUUUCCAGAUUAUAAUGAUGAUUUAUAUUUACGCCCACUUUAUGCUGAGAGGAGAAAGAAAAAGGGCGAGGCAGAGAAUCCCCUUUCUUUGCCAGUAGAUCAAACUAUGAUUCCUAGCUAUGAGCACAGUAGCUCAGACGACUAUAACACAGUUAUGGCUAGUCCUUCUCGAAUGAAGAACUUAGAAUUCGAUAAAUCCCCUAAAUUUCAUAGAGCACAAGAACCUUCAAGUGAUCUCCAGAAUUAUGAUAAAGACAUAUCAACGAAGAAGAAAACGGAAAUUAAAGAUUUGUCUGAGUUGAACAGUGAACCAUUUAUUUUUCCUUCAAAUGUCAAUUCAACUGACCUUCAAAGCUAUCAUAGACUUUUGGCUAUGUCACGAAAGAAGAAAAUGGAUGCCGAUGACUCGACAGAUAUUUCUAAUGAACAAAAUAUUUCCUUUGGUACUGCCCCAGAUGAUCUCCAAGAUUACUAUUUGACUAUGGCCAUGUCUCAGUUGAAAGAUAUAGAAAAUUAUGAUUUGCCUACAUUGAACAAAUAUCAGGAACUUACACCAUAUAUUGAUUCAAAUAAGCUUCAAGAUUACUAUCAAUCUAUGGGUAUGUCUCGAAAGAAGAAACUACAUAAAAGUCUACAGAAGGAGAAGAAAGAUACAAAAUCAACUAUGGAUGUAAAUAAUAUUCGGGAUUAUUAUCUCCCUGCGAUGUUGCCUCUAAAGAAUAACAAAAAUAUACAUAGUUCUGACAGUGACGAAACAAUUUCUGAAGGUAUUAUUGAUGAUACUGUUAAGAACCUUCCUGAAGAACUUAGAAAACGAAAAAUAAAGAAAGAUAUCUUCGGUGACAAGGGAAGAACAAUUCAAUUGCCUGAUAUUUACUUAUCUGAUAAAAGUUCGGAAGAGUAUGACUUGUCCGACAAGAAAAAGAGACUACCUUUUCUUGUCGAAGAAGAUCAUCUGGAUUUGAAGAAGAGGCAAGAUCAUUUACUUAUGGACGAUAGUGACAGAGAAGGAAUAGUAUUGGGUGAGCUCAAAGAUAUAUUUAAAGACGACGAAGAAAGGAAUCGUGCUCGUAAGAGACAAGAGGGUUCAGAAGAGCAAACUUCGAUUAAUUCAAGAUUAAGUGGUAACGAUACUGAUAACUUAGAAACACAAAGCUUGUCACAUGAACAAGACGAACCACGAGAUAAAUCAGAAAAAGAUAUACCAGAGACCCAUGAAUCUCACAAGGAGAAGAAUUUUGACGAAUGGCUUAGGAAGGAGUACAUAAAAACUAUGGCUCAGGCACUCAAUACUAUGAAAAAGAAACGAAGUGAUGAUUGGGUUCCCAUAGUUUCUCAAGACUUAGAUGAGAAUUCCAAUGAAGAGAUGUCGAAGCUGAAAGAGUUUCAAGAAAGGAAUAAGAAGAAAAGGAGCAAUGCAAUAAAUAAAAAUAACAGAGAUGAAAGAGAUGAAUAUGACAUUCAAGAAGACGAAAUAAGUAAAAAUGACGGGGCAUCCUCCGAAGAAAUUCGCCAAUUUUCUCUUGCCCAGGAAAAGAUAAAAAAUAUUGAACAGAGUAUGAUAAACGAAGCCUUGGGCGUUAUACAAAAUGACGCUUCUGAGACGGCUAGAUCCGAUGUGGAAAAAGCCAUUAAAAAAAUUGAAGCCGCUAAGGAACUAAAUGAAAUGGGACGUUCUUUGAAACAUUUUGAAAACACCUUGGGUCAGAUUGAGGAAGAUGAGGAAGAGGAUAAAGUUGAAGACUCUUUUAUUAACAGUGAACCAAGAAAAAGAACCUCGUUCCCUAGUCAAAUGCGAGAAACCGUGGAGACAGAACCUUUGGAAAAAGCAAAGAACGCCAAACAAGCCGAAAAUGACUUAAGCCUAACUCCUGCAUUAAUCAAGGCUUUUUACGGAAACUUUCUAAAGACUCGGAAACCUUUAUCAGGAAAUAACGUAGCAGGUGACCAAUGUCCACCUCUGGAAUUACUGACAAGAGACUGCUCUUCUCUGGAAAAGGUCAUCUCAACAGGCCCUGUCCAGCGAUUACUGGAAAAUUCAUGUAACUGGCACGAAGUAUGUUACGCAUGCGGAGAAGUCUUUGGUCUCAACCCUAAUGAUUGUGACGCGGGAUUUUUGGAGGAAAGCGCCGCCCUGUGCCAGGAUGAUGUACUUUGCAACUCCAUUGCUCGCACUGUAUUGGUGCCGUUAAAACAGAGACGAUUGUUUCAUAAAAGAUCGGUUCCCGCCCUUUGCUAUAGAGAAGAAUGCAUUAGAGAUUUCCUACUUACUCGUUAGAUGUUAAAACUAAUUAAUCCUUAAAGCAACAGGAUUUUUUGUCUUUAAUAAUUUGCUCGUUCUUAUCAUUGAAAAUAACCCACAAAUAUUGAAAGCUGUCUUGAUAUUGCAGUAAGUCACGUGUGACAAAGAGUAAUUAUUGAAAUUAUUUAUGUGUAUAUCAUAUACUGUUGUUGUGAGUGAGUCAUAUCAGUGACAAUACCAAUUAAAAUGAUACGUUGCAAAAAAAAACACAACCCAGAAUAAACGUUUUCUGUGAAUUAACCUAGACACAGCCGUCAGAGGUCACUGUUUUUAACAGAUGAAAAACCGAGUCACUUUAAUGUCAACUUCGUCAUGAACAAACGUUAAUUAACUGAUUUUGGAUAAAGUUGAAGCCAUCAAGAUAAAUAAUUACUAUUAAAAAUAUUAAGUGAUACCGUUUGGUUUGACAAACAGUAACGGAGAUAGAAACAUAGAAUUAUCGAUGGUGUAAUUAUUAGUUUUAUUUUACAGAUAAUUUUUUUAUCUUAGAAAAAUCACACUAAAGAAAGCAUACUUAUGAUCUGGAAUUACUUGAAAAUUUUACGUUUUAUUUCUUCUUUUACAGAAGCAUAAAUUUUGUUAUAGAAAGUGGUUUAACUGUUCAAAACUCAUGUAUUGAAAGUAUAUCUUUGCCUACAGAUGAGCCUAGUGUUGUUUUCACAUUAUGUAACAAGUUAUAUAGACAAUUUUAUUAAAACUAAAUUAUUUUUAUAAGUAAAAGUAUUAGAAUAUAAAAAUAGAUAUAGAUCAUUAAGCAUGUUAAACUAAAAACAGAUUCUUUACAGCCUAAACAUAUCAAAAUUAACAAAUUGUAGAGAAGGCAGAAAAGGCUUGGGAACAGUAGUGCAAUAUAAGAUUAUUCUUAUUCUAGUCUGGUUGUUGUUUUGUUUUUAGAUGUGUCGUCAGCUCUCGCUAUAGCUGUGAAGUUUAAAUUUAUCGUGUAACUAAUGUAAUGUAUCAGUUUAAGAACAGUUGUUACCAACCUGUUGUUGUUGUGAAAAGAAAUGUUUCUGUAUCAAAAGGUAAUAAAUGGAGAACAAUGAGGA